AUGGGUAUUACUGUGCAUACAGACAAGAUCGCCCUGGCAAGUUAUCAGCUAGAAGGAGAAGCGGAUCAUUGGUGGUCCUUGAUGAAAAAUUCUCGAGACACGACAAGCAUGACUUGGGCUCAGUUCAAAGAAUUGUUUCUAAGAAAAUAUUUCCCAAACACAGUUAGACAAGAGCGGAUUUGGCAAUUUCAAACUUUGAAACAGGGUGAGAUGUCAGUGACUCAGUAUGUAGCCAAGUUUGAAGAGCUAGCGCGAUACGCAGCCCAAUACAUUGCAGAUGAGGGAGAGAAAGCACGAAAAUUCGAGUGGGGUUUAGACCCUAUUAUUAGAGGCAAAGUGUUACCCUUGCGCCUCCCUACUUUUGCUGAUGUGGUGGAUACGGCAUUGGAUGCAGAAAGAGAGUGGGCAGACUCAAAAAGGAUUUGGAUGAUGAAAACGAAGAAAGGGGGUCAGUCCUAUGUAGGGCCAAGAAGAAAUGACCGAAGGAAUGUGGUACGGACACCAUACAUCAGACCGUCGCAACAGCUGCAACAGAAAGGGAGUUUACAAACCAAGCCUAUUACACAAAUCCAAUGUUUUCACUGUCACCAGAUAGGGCACAAAAAGUCGGAAUGUCCCCAACUUUCUGGGAUGGGAAAUCAAGCAGGGGGUUCAAGCGCGAAUGCUCAAGUUAUUGGCGGGCAAAGGCCAUGGAUGAACAAGUCAGGAGGAAACCGAAAUGUUGGACCAACCGGUAAUCAAAAAGGCACAGGCAGAGUUUUUGCCCUCCAAGAGGAAGGUAAUGAAGAUCCAUCAGUAAUUAGAGGUAACCUUGUACUCUAUAAUUCCUGGGUUCAUGUUCUAUUCGAUUCUGGCGCAACACAUUCUUUUAUAUCAACCUCAUGUGUUAAAUCAUUAGGUCUUAGAUGUGAACCUUUAGAAACUACUUUACGUGUUGCAUCACCCUUGGGAGGAAGUAUUAGGGUAGGAUUAAUUUGUCGAGGGUGUAAAUUAGAAGUGUCAGGGUUACACUUGAGUUGUGACCUUCGGGUCAUGAACAUGUCCGAUUUUGACAUAAUCUUGGGAAUGGAUUGGUUAUCCGCCCACCAAGCAGUGAUUGAUUGCUACCGCAAGAGAGUGACGGUUUGCACACCUAGUGGAACGUGUUUCCAAUUUAAGGGGGAUAGAGAGGAUUCCCUGAGCACAACAAAUCGUAAAAUGCAGUGGCAUCGACAAUUUGCUGGAUGGUUAGCAAGUUUGAUCAUUAAUGAAGAAGCUCAAUCAGAAUUAAAUCUUCCGCGUGUAGUUUGUGAAUACGCUGAUGUUUUUCCUGAGGAGUUGCCAGGAUUACCGCCACAUCGUGAAGUAGAUUUUAGUAUCGAGUUACAAGCGGGUACUGCACCAAUAUCCCUGACACCCCACCGUAUGGCCUGA